UGGCCAAUAUGCAUCAAUUCAAAAGUUCCUUGGCAUCCAGUGCUCCUCUCUCCCAUUCUACGUUCAACGGUAAGAUCCAGUGGAGAGUUCCGGCUGGAAGGGAGUGGACCAACGGCGGAAGCGAAACCCAGCGCCACAGCAAUGGAGGACGUGUCAGAGAUUGAGACCAGGACCGACUCGUUAAGCGCCUCCAUAAUCUUCCAUGUGAUCAGAGAUGUAAUCGGCUUCGUCCUCUACAUGCACCAGCAAAUUCCUUCCGUUUUGCCGGAUCUUACCACUGAAUUUGAUGAUCUACAGGCGGAGUAUAAGAAUUUGGAGGCUGCACUUUCCCCGUGUGAGGAAGCAAAGGGUUCUUUCAGAAGGAAACAUGCAGGGAGAAUGAGAGAUAUAAAGCGUGGAAUCAGAAAACUUCAGAAGUUGAUGGAUACAGUUAAUAGUCUUGAUACUGCACUCCAGAUUAUAAUUAGUGAGGUUCCUGGAGUUGAGAGUGCAAUUUUGAUCCUUGGAUCCAGUCCAAUACGACCUCAUCAUGUAUACGAGUUCAGCUUCACACACGGAAAUAAUGUGGCAACGAAUGCUGGUGAUUUCACCAAAAGCAAAGCAGCAGAAGGGCUUGCUAGAAAGGCUAUCCGAGUGUUGAUCUCCAAAGGUGCUGGAUCUGGCUCUUACCCAGGCCCUACAAAGUUGUUUCUACUGGUGAAAGCACCGUCUUCUUUCAACUCACCUCUUCAUUUUCUUCCGAAACGUGACUUCAGAUAUAGCAAAAAGGUAGCAUCACUAGGCACGCUCGUAGGCAUCUGUUAUGAUUCUUAUGUGGUAGUACCUUUCAGAGUGCGACUCAGGUGUCGAAAUCUUCCUCUUGCAUUGGCUGACGAUGCUUCCCUUACUAGCAGCAGCUCUAUUGGUUUGGGAGACUUCAAUUCACAUGAUUUAAUCUGGUUUCAAUGCCGCCAUGUAAUCAAGGGCCUCACAUUCAAGAUUCCAGACGAAGAAUAAGCAGGUUUGUUUGGCCUUUCCACCAACUGAUGCAUAGUUUUGUAUUCGGAUUACGAACAAGUUGUGAGACAGAUGGGCUAUUGACCAGAGCUUAUGAAUGUCAGUUAACCAUGAUGUGCAUAAAUGAACAGGAUAAGUUUAGAAAGUAUUCUUGUUUCUUUCAUUUCCCUUCUAAGAAGUUUCAUUUAUUGCAGCAAUUAUUGUGAAAUACAAACAAGAAAUAUUGAAAUACAAAUAACUACAGCACCACAAACUGGAGAUUAUGACAACAAAUCAACAAUAGAGCUUUUCCGUGCAUUUUUCUCUUUUAUGACAGCCAUGAAUAACAAUGAAUCAAUCUGUUUACUGCAUUCCAAACUAGUAUGUCCAUUCUUUAGGCAGAAAUAUCUCUGGCGAAGCAUUCUCAUUCUGCUGUGGCUCAACUAUAGUCGAAUAAUUAUGCCUCGCAGCAGCAGCAGUAUUGUUGAUGCGUCCAGGUUUGGAGUUACUUUUGGCAUCUGCAGGUACACACAACAAGUCAAUAACAACAACAAAUUCCUGAUCUGAUGUGGAUAAUGUGAUACUAUGCACAGAGGAGAAGAAAGUGACCUAGUUGAUGGCGGCGGGUGACUUGCAGGGCAAUGUCAUUGACAUUGAGGUUUAGGGCUUGAACUACUCGUGCUGGGAGGAGAACAGGUGAGCAAGCUGCAGAGGACGAUAGAUGGGAGCAACCAAAAUCGUAUCAUAGGUUCAUGUACAUAAGCUCAGAAUAAACAAAUUACUAGUCGGAGGUUGCAAACCCAAUCCACUUAAACCCAUUGAACAAAAAAUGAUUUUAACCAAAAUCUAUUGGGUUGGGUUGAUGGAUUUCUCUUUUUAUACAUUACUGUUUGGUAUUCCAUUUAGUCCGAAUUACAAACUGGUCAAUAAAAUACAUGCAAGUGGGGGUGGGGGAGGCUUUAUCCUAGAGUCCCACUGACCCGCCCGAUUCAGGGUCGGGUUAAGUUAGUUUGUCUAUAGGGUCACGCGGUACGUUUAGAAUUGGGUCAUCUUUUGACCUCUGAAGAAUGUGGUAGUGUUGGGUCAACUUAUGGGCGG